AUGAGAUCUUCCAUCUCUCCAAAGAUAGGCCUCGUAGCCCUUGUACUGCUGGCUUGCACAAGCACAACUGAAGCACACAGCUGGGUCGAAGAGAUCUAUCGUAUUGCUUCAAAUGGUACCUUUACCGGACUGCCUGGUUACCCAAGGGGCUUCACCGCGCGAGCAGCUGGUGUCGAUCCAGACCUACCCAUGGUUUACCUCCUACCCCCAAACGGCCGAGCGCCUCCUGGGAUACUUUCCACAGACCUGAUGUGCAAAGACAGCCAGGCCAUCGGAAAAUAUACUCCUGGAUCCAACAUGCUGAAUGCAGCUGCCGGUGACUUCAUAGCCAUGACAUACAAUGAGAAUGGCCAUGUUACGCUGCCGACAUCCACAACUCGACCAGCCGGUAAUGGAACUGUUUUCGUCUAUGGCACCCAAACGCCAGCCAACAGCGAUACAUUUCUUGGUAUCCACAAGGUGUGGAACCCCGACGGAACAGGAGGCGACAAGCGCGGUAAACUCCUUGCAACCAGGUAUUUCGACGAUGGACAGUGUUAUCAGGCAGCCACCGACAAUGAUCCUAAUCCCACAAAUCAACGCCCUCUUAGAGAUGCCCGCAGAGCUUUGCAUCCCGAAAGUACCCAAAUCCCGUGUCAGACAGACGUCCAGAUCCCGGCCGAUGCCGGAUCGUCUGGCAACUAUACCUUUUACUGGGUGUGGGACUUUGCACACUUGGAUCCAAGCACGGGCGCAGUUGCCACUAACGAAACCUACACAACUUGUCUAGAUGUGGGCUUGACCGCGAAUCCUAUCCCAAAAGUUGGUGACUUCGUCGCAAAGCAGCUCGUCACCUCGGAAGCCAUUAAAGAGCAGCUCGGCAAAGCAAUGUUGGUCGACCCAACCGCAGCUCUGGCACUUUCAGGCGCAUCCCCGGCAGCUUCACCACAAGCAUCUGGAAGCCCUUCAUCGCCGGUCGCAUCAGCAUCAGCACCAGCUGCAUCGGUACUACCAGCCCAAAUACCUGGAUACUCAGCGAUCCCACCCCAACAGUCAAGCAUUGCCUCAAACCCACAAUCACCGCUUACCGUCACGGUCACAGUCACAGUCCAUGAUGGAGGCUCAGGCUCCAGUGCAAGCGCACCAGUCGCGAGCUCCCAGCCAACCACACUCGCCACCUCCGCAGUCCCUCAAGCAGGACAAAAUCCAGCUCCAAUGAGCUCGGCAUCGGCACCAGCACCAAGCAACAGCUCAAGCGUGGUCUUCGUGGCCCCAUCAGUACUUUCACCUGCUCCCUUCAACACAGGCUCACAAGCCGCGACAUCCGCUGUCGUCGCAACGCCAGCUGCAGCUGCAGCAGCUUUGCAACGCCGUCGAGCUCUCUGA